UUGAUCGAGCACUGCCGUGUAUCACUGCACAAAACCCCAGCAGGAGCGAGAUCCUGACAGACUCCACUGCACUAGUCACCAGAGAUGAUGAAGAGAGGCAGCAGCAGCAGCACUCGUGUUGCUCAGCUUGCUGCUCUUACCACCCUGCUGUCGUGGUCGUGGAUCGUCGUCUCCUCUGUCGCAUCGUCGGAAUUACAGGUCGGUUACUACAGCCGCAGUUGCCCACGGGCAGAGGAUCUCAUCCGCAACGUCGUCCACGCCGCCAUCCGCCGUGACCCCGGCAAUGGACCAGGCCUCGUGCGCCUCUUCUUCCACGACUGCUUCGUCAGGGGGUGUGACGCGUCGGUGCUGCUGGACGCGGCGCCCGGCAGCAACGCCAGCACGGUGGAGAAGGCGUCGCAGGCCAACAACCCGAGCCUCCGCGGGUUCAGCGUCAUCAGCCGCGCGAAGCGCGUCCUGGAGCGGCGGUGCCGGAGGACCGUCUCCUGCGCCGACAUCGUCGCCUUCGCGGCCCGCGACGCCUGCGGCCUCAUGGGCGGGGUCGACUUCGCCGUGCCGGCGGGGCGGCGCGACGGCCGCGUCUCCAACGCGUCCGAGGUGCUCAACAGCCUUCCGGGGCCCUUCGCCAACGCCCGGAAGCUCGUCGACAGCUUCGCCGCCAAGAACCUCACCGCCGACGACAUGGUCACGCUCUCCGGCGCCCACUCCUUCGGCCGCUCCCACUGCUCCGCGCUCUCCUUCCGCCUCUACCCGCAGCUCGCCGAGGACAUGAACGCCACCUACGGCAGGUACCUCCGGACGCGGUGCCCCGCGGCGACGGGGCGGCGCGACCGGGUGGUCGACCUGGACCCGAGGACGGAGCUCCGGCUCGACAACCAGUACUACAGGAACGUGCAGACGCGGGAGGUGCUCUUCACGUCGGACGUCACGCUGCUCAGCCGGAACGACACGGCGGCGCUCGUCGACCUCUACGCGCGCAACCGGACGCUUUGGGCUUCGCGGUUCGCGUCCGCCAUGGUGAAGAUGGGCCACCUCGACGUGCUCACCGGCACCCAAGGGGAGAUAAGGAAAUUUUGCAACAGAGUCAACUAGAAGUGCUAGCUAGUUCAUCACUUGCAUUGGGGUGGAUCAUCUUGCUCCUUAUAACACAAUUGAAUUCGUGAAAAUUAGAUAAGUUGCAUAAUGUCUAAUAUUCUUCGUUAUUUUGUUUUUCUUAAGAUUCAUUGUAUUCGUUUGAUAAAGAAAGAUGUAUUAAGUGUUCGAUUAGUUGAAUUCCCGAAAAUUAGAUCA